UCGAAUACCGCCGGGAGAGUACUACUACCCGAUGGUGUCCUCCACGGCCGCGCGUAGCGGCUUCCGCCUGGUCUUCGCCAAAUCCUAUGCAAUCAGCCUCCAACUGCUGGCGUGUCUUUCGCUGCAGGGCGCUGUCACUACACCCUCAGUCAUCUUUGAUCUGCCGGGCUUUCCACCGGGUCUU